UUUUCUUUCUUGCAAAGGUAUCACAUGUCACAAUUGGGCCGUGCAGCGUACAGCAGGGAAGUAAAACCACUUCCUUCUACCACACUGGCUGUUGCACACAAACCAGUUUAGUUUAGUCUGACAUUGGGGGCGAUGAGGAUCCAGAAGCUCGUCAGGGGCUUUUUCAACUGACCUUUACUUUCUGGCGUUUACUAACGACGGCCAGUGUCACCGAGUUUAACCAGGAAAGUGUUGUAGCGCUCUCUUUCUGCUACAAUGGCUGCGACGUAGCGCAACUUUUGGAUCCACGGUGGAUGAACACAGCGCUCUGAGGUGCAGCUAACUUUUACAGACUCGCAGGAGACGUAGAGAGGAGGAAAAACAUGAAGAAGCAGUUUAAUCGCAUGAAGCAGCUCGCCAACCAGACGGUUGGAAGGGCUGAGAAAACAGAGGUGCUGAGUGAUGACCUCUUACAGAUCGAGAGGCGGAUGGAGUUGGUGCGUUUGGUGUCGCACAACACACACAAGAGGCUGGUUUCCUGUCUGCAGGGUCAACUGGGCACAGACACAGAGAAGAGACAUAAAAAGCUGCCCCUGACGACGCUGUCCCAGGCCAUGCAGGAGGGAGGUGGUCAGCUGGGAGACGAGAGUCUGAUUGGCAAGAUGAUGGAUGUGUGUGGGGAGGCAGAGAGCAGGUUAGCGACUGAACUGAUGCAGCAUGAAGUCCAGAUUGAGAGAGACAUCCUGGAUCCUCUCAACCAGCUGGCAGAGGUGGAGAUUCCCAAUAUACUUAAACAGAGGAAACAACUCGCCAAGCUGGUUCUGGACUAUGACUCUGCCAAGACGAGGUGGUACCAGGCAGCAAAGUCCAACAACCAGGCCAUGGUAGCUAAGGCCGAUUCUCUCAAAGACGAGAUGGACGAGGCUCUCAACAAAGUAGAAAUAUGCAAGGACCAGCUCUCUGCAGACCUGUACAACUUUGCUUCUAAAGAGGGAGAUUAUGCACGCUAUUAUGUCAUGUUAUUAGAGGCCCAGGCAGACUACCACAGGAGGUCUCUGGCAGCUCUGGAGGCAGCUAUACCGACUAUCCAAAUACAGCAAGACUCCUGGAUGGAGAAGCCGGCGUUCGGUACGGCUCUGGAGGAGCACCUGAAGAGAAGUAACCGUGAGAUCGCUCUGCCCAUCGAGGCCUGCGUCAUGAUGCUGCUGGAGACCGGCAUGAAGGAGGAGGGUCUCUUCAGAAUAGCCGCUGGAGCAUCAAAACUGAAGAAGCUAAAAGCAGCGCUGGACUGCUCCACCUCGCAGCUCGAGGAGUUCUACUCUGAUCCCCAUGCCGUCGCUGGAGCCCUGAAGUCAUACCUCAGGGAACUUCCUGAACCUCUAAUGACUUUUGGCCUGUACGACGAGUGGACACAGGCCUCCAAUGUGUCUGACCCUGACAAGAGGCUUCAGGCCUUGUGGGUGACAUGUGACCGUUUGCCAAAAACUCACAAGGCAAACCUCAGGUAUCUGGUGAAGUUUCUGGCUAAACUGGCUCAGGACAGCGAGGUUAAUAAGAUGACUCCCAGCAACAUCGCUAUAGUCCUGGGGCCCAACCUGCUCUGGGCAAAGACCGAGGGGACGCUGGCAGAGAUGGCAGCAGCUACAUCUGUCCACGUGGUCGCCAUCAUUGAGCCCAUUAUCCAGCACGCUGAUUGGUUCUUCCCUGAAGAGGUGGACUUCAACGUGUCGGGCAUGUUUGCGUUGCCCACCCACCCAGCCACCCCAGACCUCGAAACCGGCCUGGAUAGGAAACGCCCUGGUAGCCUGGUGGGGCAGGACGGGGACAGUCACACCCCCCGUAAAGACAGCACUGUUAACAAACAGCCGGAGCCUGCUCAACGUAGAGCCAGCACUGUAAAUAGAAAGCAGCCACAGCUAACCUCACCCACCUUCCAACCCCCACUGCCUCCUCUGGAAGCCUGGGGUCCUGCCCAGCCCGAGCCCCAGCCCCAGGUUCCGUCCCCAGCUACAGAGGUUGAGCAGCCUGGCCUGAGUGGUGCUGGUAGUGGUGGUGGUGUUGUUGGUGGUGGUCUGGGUGGUGGGGUCCAGGUAGCCACAGUGCAACCUCAGGUUGUAACCCAGCUCAGCGCAGAGGAGAGAAGCCCAGCCCGUGAGCUCAUGUCCACCCCCCCUCCCCAGAGGAAUGGUUCACUCAAUCUUACAGUAGGAACCCCCCACUCUCAGGGUGGAUCCAGGGGGCCUAGUCCACACAUGGUUCGCAGAGGCACCAAGAAGCAGGCCCCAGCCCCGCCCAAACAGGCCAGCCCAUUUUCCUCCCAUCCCAGUACCACCCAGAUGCUCAGCUCCCCUCAUCACCCACCCAUAACCCCCAGACGCCAGCCCAGCAAAGAUGGCCCAAUCCAGGCCCCGAGCCACCCGCCCCCGCAGCCUCCUCCAGCCCAUCAUGCCCAGGGGGAGUCGGAGCCCUCUCCCCCCAGCACUCCCACCCCUCCUGACACUCCGCCUCAUGAUGGAUUGCACUCCAACCCCCUGUCUUUCUACCACUCUGGAUCUCUCCCUCGCCCCUCCAGGCCAGCUCCCAGGCCACGGCCCCGACCCAGCAUGCCGCCACCUCCACAACCUGCAGCAAAUGACAACGGUAAUGAAAUUUGCAGCUCUGCCUCCAAGAUCAUAACAGAUGGAGGCCUGGUCCUAAAGGGGAUUGGUCGAGCCCUCAUCCCUGAGGUGAUUGUGGACCAACAAGGGGAGAGCUCUGCUGGUCAAGAGCCUGCCGCCGCCACCACCACCCUAGACCCUCAAAUCCAGACAGAGAGCACAGUUCUGUGAAAAAAGAGGGAUCAUCGAAAUCCUCCUUCACUCAGCUGGUCCACGUAAAAGAUUUGAAUGUUUAGAAUCAAAUAUCAGACAGGUAACUCAAACACAUUGGUUCACUCCAGCUCUUCACAUGAUGCCAGACUGCUUUCUGGGGGAAAAAUGGCUGACUUUUCUCCUGUUUUGCUGAGACUCAAACCAGAAACCUCAUCUUACAGUGGUGGUAUAAACCACAAAACUCCAGUCCAGCUAUUAGACUUCAUAUCAAACUCCCUUUGUUAUAUAUACUGCUGGGUAUUUUAAGACUGGACUGCAGAGCCUUUCUAGACUCAAGUAUAUAACCUGAACACACAGCAGCUGAACUCAAAGAGUGCUAAGCUUUCACGUCUCCUGCUUCUUUUUAAAAUGUUACUAUCGAUACUAUAGGUUCAAUGCUAUGAAUGUUUCCAGUGGCAGGAAUCUGUGAAUCUGUUUUUAGCAUCAGGUCUUACAACAUAUAACUAAUAUUUUUUUAUUUGGCAGCACAGUUGUGUGGAGAUAUUUGAGUGUUAGCCAGACACUGAUGGUCUAUUUAUCGUGAAACAGAAUCACAUUCUGGAAUUUUCCAAUUUCAACUGGCUAAAUGUGACGUUUAGCUUAGAAGGGCUUUUCAAUAACUAUCACACACGUCAGCACUGCACUGUACACACUAGUGUAAAGGACCAAAGAAAAUUUUAUUAAUAUUUAGAGCUGCUCGGCUUCUAUUAUGGUUGCUAAUGACCAAAUAUUUUGGCAAGAGUGCAAUAUAAAAUGCAGUUGUCUUCCAGUAGUGUCCUCUCCACAGCACAUAUGCUGUAACUUUUGGUAUUUCAGGCAGUUUUCCCUCUAGAAUUUUAUUUGAUUUCACCUGACCUGAGCUCAAAGAUUAGCUUUUAUCAUUGAAAGGGAUUUUUCUAACAUUGAUUGUGAUAAAUGUAUUUUCUAUACAUAGCUUGUAACUGAUCACUCCCACUCAGCUAUGAACCAAAUAAUGAAAUUCUUCUUUGUGUAUAAUUUUUACUAUGGCUGAAAAUCUUUACCUUGUUUUUUUUUUUUUUCUUAUGAUUUUUAUGUUUGCUUUUCUGAACAUGCAUCAUACAAUGCAUCAUUACUCUUAAUUAAAUAUUGCUGAACAUUUUA